GACUAGCACUCAUCUCAUAAAGGGAGAAUUCCCCCACAGAAUUUCUCACACCCUCGCUCGCAAGCUUCACCAUUGCUGUCCAGCUUCGCUUGACGUGUUGAGCUCAACCUCAGGCAGGAAGACGGUACGAAUACGGUUGGUUGCGCGCGACCAAGUCAGGGCAACCUUACCGAGACCGGGGACCUCGGCGCCUGUCCAUCACGAUCCACGGGAAAAAAAGUAAACGGCCCCGCUGCCUGCGGUAUCCGCCUAACAUCCACGGAUGACCUAGUUUGACCAGGAGCUCGAAGCCUCAUCGCUCGCAAUCCGUAUAGUGUGACACCCCCGAGCUUCGUUCCUGCCGCCGUCACCAGUGGCACUGAGCCCGCGGCCCCGACCUGCAGACUACCAACGCACACACGAACCACUGCACUCCGCCAAUCGCAUGCCAACGACAUCGCACCGCACCCCGAUACCGCUCGCCUGCCACAAUCCAGCAUGAGCUGGCUCCUCUACCUCUCCGCCGCCCCCAUUGCGACCAUCAUGCUGCUGCGCGCCCUUGCCCUCGUGCUGCCCGGCCGUCUGGGCCAGCAGGCCAGCUUCGUCGCGUUCAGCAUCACCGCAUUCCUGAUGCUAAUCGUGUGCGCGAGCUACGGUGUCUUUGCGUCUAUUUUCCUGCGAGCGGUCGGCUAUGGCGGGCGCAGCCAGUGGACUGUGGGGAGAGCGUUCAAGUGGACCAUGUGGCUGAGCACGGGCAUUACGUUCCGCGUCGACGAGGUAGGUGGGCGCGAGGAGGGAGGGAGGAGGGGCGGGAAGGAGGCGCUGGAGACACGGCCGGCGGUGUUUGUGGGCAACCACCAAACCGAGCUCGACGUCCUCAUGCUCGGCUGCAUGUUCCCGCCCUACUGCUCCGUCACUGCCAAGGCCUCGCUGAAAUACGCCCCCUUCUUGGGGCAGUUCAUGUCGCUCAGCAAAACCGUCUUCAUCGACCGCGCCAACCGCGCCACUGCUCGCGCAGCCUUCGACGGCGCCGCAAAAACAAUGCGCAACGAUCGCCAGUCCGUCUUCAUCUUCCCCGAAGGCACGCGCAGCUACGCGUCAGAGCCCACCCUCCUGCCCUUCAAGAAGGGCGCGUUCCACCUCGCCGUCCAGGCCCAGGUCCCCAUUGUCCCCGUCGUGUGCGCGAAUUACAGUCAUGUGCUCGAUAUGAAGAGGAAGCUUGUCAGGCCGGGCGUCGUCGAUGUUACCAUCUUGCCUGCGAUUCCAACUAAGGGGUAUACCGCGGCAGAUGUGGACAGCUUGGUUGAGAGGACACAGAAUGCGAUGAUGGAUGAGCUAGUCAGGCUGGCCCAUGUUAGUGGUGCAAAGGAGGGAAAUGGCGUGCCGGCGGCGACUGGAGUCGAGGGGGCAAGGAAAGAGCUGAGGCAGAGGAAUUAGAGAGCCCAUCUACGCGAUUCGAGGACUGAAUGGAGCACGACGAGAGCAUAGCUAUACGUGGAGAAUACAGGCUCCGCAUGUAUGGAGUUGGCAGGAACAGACGAUUCGUGGCGAAACGAGACGAACGAUAUACCAAACUAGACAAACUUCAAUACACAACUUCAUACGUACACUUUGCCAA